AUGGCCUUUUCCUGGGCCGUCGCUCUCUGCCUCCUCGCCAUCACAAUCUUCAUUGUCUCUGUGAUGACGGCGAUACGCUACAUCGUGCUCGCCCGCCAGCGUCGUCGAGAGGCAGCCAUGCCCAACAUGCUCGCUUUGCCCUCCUCGUCGAGCCUUUCUUCACAGUCAACACUCGUCAGUGCAGACGCACCCCUCCUGCCCAAAAAGCCCGAGCCCGUCUAG